AUGAUUCAAGAUUACGAGCGUUCUAAGCGCGAUAAUAUUCACACGAUGCGCUCCCAAGGGGGAGAUCUAGUUGAGGAGAUCAUCGUGAAGGUUCAUAGGUUCAAAGUACGUACGGUUAACAUCUUGGUGGGUGGAGAAGCUGAUGAACAGAAGAAAUAA